AAUAAAUAAAUAAAUAAAUAAAUAAAUAAAUAUAAGGGAUAUUGAAAAUGAAAGAUUAUUGAGAUAAUAAAAGAAAGGAAAAAGGAUAAAGUGUGGUUGAGUGUUUGUGUGUGUGUGUGUAUUCAAAGAAACGUGUUGGGAGACAAGAAGAACCAUCAAGAUGAUGAAGAAGGAGAAACCUAUGAUGUCCGUGACGGCCAUUAUCCAGGGAACGCAAGCUCAACAUUGGGCACGCGGUAACACCUGGUUAAGCCUGGACAAUAGUAACAUGUCGAUGUCAUCAGUAGGUCCACAGAGUCCACUGGACAUCAAACCCGACACGGCUAGUCUUAUAAACCCAGGAAAUUUCAGUCCGUCUGGUCCUAACAGUCCAGGAUCCUUCAACGCUGCUGGUUGUCACAGCAACCUCUUGAGUACGUCGCCAAGUGGACAGAACAAGGCAGUUACACCCUACCCACCGAAUCACCCUCUGUCAGGCAGCAAACAUCUCUGUUCGAUCUGUGGUGACCGAGCUAGUGGCAAACACUACGGUGUUUACAGCUGCGAGGGUUGUAAAGGAUUCUUCAAAAGGACCGUCCGUAAGGAUCUCUCGUAUGCGUGCCGUGAAGAAAAGUCUUGCAUAAUCGACAAAAGACAGAGAAAUCGUUGUCAAUAUUGUCGAUAUCAAAAAUGUUUGGCGAUGGGAAUGAAAAGAGAAGCAGUGCAAGAAGAGCGACAACGUACUAAGGAAAGAGAUCAGAGCGAGGUCGAAAGCACAAGUAGCCUUCACUCUGACAUGCCGAUCGAACGUAUUUUGGAAGCUGAGAAACGAGUUGAAUGCAAGGUCGAGCAUGAAGGAAAUUACGAGAAUGCAAUAUCGCACAUUCGCAACGCCACGAACAAACAGCUGUUCCAGCUGGUGGCAUGGGCCAAGCACAUCCCGCAUUUUACCUCGUUGCCGUUGGAGGAUCAGGUACUAUUACUCAGGGCUGGUUGGAACGAGUUGCUGAUAGCAUCCUUUUCUCAUCGUUCCAUCAAUGUCAAGGACGGUAUCGUUUUGGCCACUGGCAUUACCGUCAACCGUAAUUCGGCGCAACAGGCUGGUGUAGGGACGAUAUUUGAACACGUGCUAUCCGAACUUGUAGCUAAGAUGCGAGAAAUGGAGAUGGACAAAACUGAAUUAGGUUGUCUCAGAUCAAUAAUCCUCUUCAACCCUGACGUACGAGGUUUAAAAUCCAUCCAAGAGGUCAGUCUUCUACGUGAGAAGAUCUAUGCAGCUUUAGAAGAAUAUACCCGUGUAUCUUGUCCGAACGAUCCAGGAAGAUUCGCUAAGCUAUUGCUUCGCCUACCGUCCAUUCGUUCGAUCGGCCUCAAAUGUCUCGAACAUCUCUUCUUCUACAAGCUGAUCGGUGAUGUACCGAUCGAUGAUUUCCUAAUGGAGAUGCUGGAGUCACCCUCGGAUCCUUAGGAACAAAGGGUGUGCCGCAUUCUGGGGCACACCGAUCUCUGAACAAGAGAGAAAUAGAGAUAGAUAGAUAGAGAGAAAGAAAGAGAGAGAGAAAGAGAAAGAGAGAGAGAGAGAGAGAGAGAGAGAGAAAGAGAGGGGAGGAUAACUCGUGGUAAAGAGAUGUAAAGCUACGGGGGAUAAAAAAAGAAAAAGAAAAACAAAUUAGCGAGAAAACAGAGCUAUACGACAACACCAUUAUAAAAACAACAACAACAACAACAACAACAACAACAAUAAUAAUAAUAAUAACAACAACUACAACAACAACACAUUGAAGAAUAUUAAAGUAGAGAAUUUACGAUCUUUUCUUCUCUUUUCUUUUUAUUUAUUUAUUAUUAUUUUUUUUUUUAAUUUUCUCUCUUUUCUUUUUUUUAUUUUUUUAACUCUCCGUUCUUUCGUUUUUCGUAAAAAUAUCUGCGAUAUUCACGAGUCGAGCCAAGUGGAUUACUUACUUCUUUCUUUCUUUUUCUUCUUCUUCUUUUUUAUUUUCUUUUUUUCUUUUUUUUUUUUUUUUAUUUUCAUUUCUCUCAUCGUCUUUUUAUUAUUUAUGUAUCUUCGUUUAGAGAACACUUAUAAAUAACAAAUUGCGAGAAUUCUCUUCAUCGUCGAAGGGAUCAUCGAUUCUUUUUCUGUUUUCUUUUUUUUUUUUUUUUCUCAAUUCGAUUCGUAUCGAGAGCGUGUCGGAAAAAGUAUACGACGAGGUAGACAUUGAUUUUGGUGACUUCGUAUCCCUCGUUUGUCUACAGUUCUUUUUUUUCUUUUUUUAAAUUUGUUUCCCUUAUUAUAAUUAUUUAUAAUAACUACGAGAUUGUUAACAUUGUAUACUACGUUGAAAUGUUUCUUUUUUCUUCCUCUUUUAAGGAGAACACCGAUUACAAGUUUUCCACGUCGUGUAAUAUCGUACGGAGUAUGUAACUGCAUCUAUAUCUUUACUGCCUAUUUUAUUAUUAUUAUUAUUAUUAUUAUUAUUAUUAUUAUUAUUUUAUUAUUAUUAUUAUUAUUAUUAAUAUUAUUAUUUUAUUAUUAUUAUUAUUAUUAUUAUUAAUAUAAUUAUUUUAUUUUUUAUUAAUAUUACUAUUAUUAUUAUAUUAUUUUAAUCAUGUACCUAUUGUUGGUAGAACGUAUUUAAUUUAAUCAUGCCGAUUCGUAAUCGCAUCAAUUUGAGAAUUUAUUUAUUUAACUAAUUCGUUUCAACAACUUAACGAAAACCAUAUGUGUGUCUCCUCGUUUUUAUUAUUAAGGAUGCAGUUUACAUAUGUAUUACUAUACGAAUAUUCAUACAUUCCAACUCUGCCUCGAUUCGAAUCGCUAAUUUUUUAAAGAGCCACUAUAUUGCGCGUGUAUAUGUAUAUAUAUAUAUAUAUAUAUAUAUAUAUAUAUAUAUAUAUAAUUUAUAUAUAUAUAUAUAUAAUAUACACAACACACAGCUGAGAACACGUGUCGUCGCACGUGUAGAUUAUAAUUUAUUGUUUUGUAUUUUAGGGUAUAAAGAAGAGACGAACUUACCAAUAAUUAUACAUUACUGAUUAUUAUCUAGUAGAUCUCUUUUUUUUUUUCCUUUUUUUUUUUAUUUUAUUUUAUUUCAUUUCACUUUUUUUAUUUUAUACAGCGUACGUUGUCUGUAAUAAAAUAUUAAAGAAAAAGAAAAAAAAAAAAAAACUGUGACAAAGGAGUAUCCGUUUUCAAGGGGUUAGGGAUUCUUAAUAAGAUGAUAAAGUCGAUAGAUUAUUUUGUUGAAAAGUUUAACUCGUAAAUGGCAUGAUGAUAAUGAUAUGGACAACAAAAAGAAAAAGAAAAAAAAAAGAACAAACCACGUUUUCUCAAUGUAACUCUGUCUUCUAUGUCCGAUAACAUGUAAACAAAACUAUAUUUACAAGAAUAGAGAACGAAAGAUAUCUUAUUGUUUAAUCAGCAACAAUAAGAUUCUUUGAGUAUUGAACUUUUUUAAUCGGCAAUAUGAAAUGAAAUUAAAGUGUAUAAGCUUUGAAAAUCUUUGCGAAGAUACCUUGUCAAAUAACUGAUUUAUUCUUUCAACCUGGAAAUGUAGAAAUUACUAUAGAACGUAACUAAGGCAAAACCCUACUCUCGUUGUUAGCAAUUUACAGAACUCUGUGAGAUAUGAUUUGAGCUGAAGGACCUUUAAGAAUUUAGGUCAAUUAAAAGAUCUUAUGAAUUAAAUAAUGAAUUAUUUAAUAUUAUCUUGAUGAUAGCGGAAGAUGAAUUCAAUGAUUGAAUAUAGAUGGUACAUGGAUCAUUUAAAAAAGAAUAUUAAAGUAUAUUAUGCAAAUAGCCUUUUCUUUUAAACUCGUGAAAGUUUAUCAAAUGGUUUUAAUUAAAAAAUUCGUAUUAUAUUAGCAUUUAAUUAACGUUAAAUAAUUUCUUUGAUUCACAUACUGUAAACUAUCUCUUUUCUCUUUUUUUUUUUUUGAUUAUAUACAUUUGGACAUCUUUCAGCUCUAGUCAUUGACACUGUUUACUCUAGUACUGUAGUAUUCAUAGGCAAAGGAUCAUACUUACACACUUCGAUAAUAUAAAUUAUGAUAAUAUUAUUAUAUAUUAUUAAACAUAUUUCUAUUUUUGCGUGAAUGCCUACGAUUGUUAGUUGUUGGUUAUUGUUAUCUACUUGAUGAGAGUUUUUAAUGUUAUGCCUACCAUCAAAAGAAACACGAUAUUAAAUUCUCCAUUUUUUUCAUAACAAGCUGGAGUUACGGUUCAUUUCAGAUGCCUGCUGUGCCAGUUAUGAGUAUUCAUGAUAAUGCAGAAUAGCCUGUAUAGAAGACGGAUAACAGAAAUUGUUGUUUUUACCUGAUUUCUGUGAUUUUAAUUAAACCGCGAUACAUAAUAAUACAAUGCUAUCGACGUUUCACUAUCUAUGAGAGCGAUUAGUUUGAUAAAUUUAAAGAUUGUCGCGCUAUUCUUACCCUUUCCUUUCUCGAUUGUUAAUUCUGCUCGAUCGUUGAAACUGAAAGCACUGACCAGAAUUACCUCCCAACGGACGCAUUUUGCGUACACCUCUUCAAGCUCCUCAAAGUAAAAAGUAAGAGAUCACUUAGGGUUCGAGGGCGCGAAUGCUACCUGUGAAUGAAGUUUCAUAUAAAUCUAUAAAUGUUAAAAACAAAAAUCUAUACAUACAUAUAUAUAUGAAUAUAUGAAUAUAUAAACCGAACUCUUUCGCAAAUGAUAUACAAAUUUCAGUAGUGAUCGGUAGAGUAUUAAAGUUAAUGAUGAAAGAAAAUUAACUUAACAUUAUACGAUUCAACAUUACUAAGGUAAGAUAAAGAUCACCGGAAAGAUUUUGAGCAAAUUCAUUAGAAACUAUAUUGAACAUGUAACAAAAGAAUUAAUCCAUCAAGAAUUAUUCUUAGACGAAGGAGAAAAAGUAUGAUUGUCUUUGGUGUAAAUCUUGAUGCUUUUGCCACGUUUUUGAAAUAGUUAGAAAUGGUACAAUACUGAAAAUUUGUAUUUAGAGAUAUUUUACAUAAUAAUGAUGUUCUACAUAGAGAAAGAUUUAUUAAUUAUUUUAUCAUCCCAAUUUUAGAGAUUUUAUGCUGUGAUAGAUCGCUCGAAAUACUGUUGCCAUUUUCUUUAAUAUUACAACAAUUUUGUGAGGUAAUAUUUAAGUGGUAUAUUUGUUACUAUAUAUAAAAAUGAUCUACUAACCUUUACGCGUGCUUGCUAAUUUACGUUGAAAUAAGUCUUUCUCUGCGUAGAGUAAUAGAAUGGGGUGCGUAGCAAAGUUUCUGUACAGUGGCAUUUUCAUCUUUGUACUUAUAAUCUUUGUGAUUGCAUCUUAUUACUUCAUCCUGCAUGGUUAAAAGAAAUAUUGGCCAUUCGAUAAAAGAAAACUAACUCGUGUCCACGUUAAUAUAGUGGAGAAAAUCUAGCAUGAUUUCUAGCAUGCGUACGAUACAUGAUUUUCUUUCCUUGUUAUUGAAAAUUUUCCUCGCACCCAUUCUAUGUAAAUCAGUACAAAUAAGAUUAAUGAUAAUACAAUGUUUAAUCUUUCUGAAUAUAUAGAGAUAUCUGACUCUCACACUAAGAAAUGUCCUAUUGAAUGCUGUACCUUUGCAAAGCUAAUUUAGAAACCAGAAAACUCUAUACUUUCUGCGGACAUGUCUUAUAAUUUAUAUAUUCUUAAAACUGCUAAUUUUAGACAAAUUAACAUAUAUACGAACUGCCACUACGAUUAAUAUUUUUUGGAGUAUUUGCAUUAGUCAAAUAGACCUCAAUCAAUCUUUCUACAAUCUAAAGAAACAACAACAAAAAGAAAAGAAAUAAAUAAAUAAAAGAAAAAAAUAUAAGUAUUAACUAAUUUACUAUGCCAUUUUAUUGUAAAUUAUACACUGUGAAGCAGUUGGAUAAGAUUUGUUUUUACGAAAUUGAUGACGACAUUUUUCAAACGAGAAAAAACGAAGAAAACGACUAAAAAAAAAAAGAUUAAUAGAAAAAAAUAAUAAUAAUUAUAUUCUCUAAAAUUCCAUAAAUUAAUCUAAAACGGGUAGGCAGCUCUCUGAUAUAACAUUCCAUCCUGCAAACGAUUAUUAUAAGCAGCUUUAGAUAAUUACGGAUACCAAUUAAUCAGUGUCCAAUCCCGUGAUAAAUUGCUGCACCGUUCGAUUCAAUGCCUAUUUUAUUAUUAUUAUUACUAUUAUUAUUAUUACUAUUAUAUUAUUAUUAUUACCUGCCUGUUUAUCUUAAAAAACAUCUCGUUUUUAUUAAUUUUAUAUACGUGUAAGAAAUACACCUUAACGUAUAAACCUCUUAAAAUAUCUAAUUAUUUUAUUAUAAUUUUAAUAACGGAAUUUCAGUAUUUUGUUCUAUAGUUAGCAGUAAAAGGCAUGUACGCGUAUGCGUGUGUAUGUGCAUGUCAUAAUUAUAUGCGUGGUAUAUAUGUAUUAUGGAAGAUUAAAAAGAAAGAGAGAGAGAGAGAGAGAGAGAGAGAGAGAGAGAGAGAGAGAGAGAGAGAGAGAGAGAGAGAGAAACUAAAAGUCAUCGCUCACAUAUAUACACACGUACACACAUGCCUCCUGUACUUUCGUAUAAAUGUGUGUUUGUUUGUAUAAUUCCUAGCCCAUCAUCCACACCAUUAAAAAAGCUUGAAAAAAAAAAACAUAAAUAAAUAAAUAAAUCUUGAGCGAUUAAAUAAUUAACAAAUCGCAACACAUACGUACGUAUCCGUUGUAGAUUAAAAAUGUUUAACUAUCUGUAAGAAUAAUAUUGGAAACUAUGAUACGCUUUUAUAAACGUGAAAUACAACAUACUUUUUGAGAGAGAGAGAGAGAGAGAGAGAGAGAAAGAAAUAAUGGCAUGAAAAAAUAAAAGAGAAAAAUAAUAUAAAAAAAUAUAACGCGUUUGGCAAGAUGGGACAGCAACUGUUUUAUAAAAAGUAAGAGUAAUAUAUUGACCUGUGUGUGUAAUAAUGAGAGUAUAAAAUGUAAUGUAAUAUGAAAAUGGAAAUAAUAAACAAACAAAGUUGAGAUUGUAACAUUUAAAACACGAGGGACACGAAAAGGUGAUAUUGUGUAUGUAUUUGUAAAACAGUAUGAAAAAAUAUUAACAAUCCCUAAGCAAAGAAAUAUUGUGUAUGAUCUUGCAUCAAGAAAUAGAUCGUCUAUUCUGAUUUAUCUAAAUAAAAUAUUUUUAUGAAGCAAA